AUGGCAAACCGCUACCGCGGCGCCGGCAUGUACGGCCGCAGCGGCAACGCCAAUGGCUAUGGGAACUUUGGUCAACCAAACGGCAACGGCGACGACUACGACCCAUAUGGCGAGGGCGGCGGCGGUGGCAGCGAUCGCUACAGGACACCACCUCCAACACAAGCCGGACGCGCGCUUCCUCCCCAGUCCUCCCUCCGCGCCCCUCCCUCGAGAUCGCAACUUCAGGCCCAGCAACUCACCCAGCAAGCACAAUGGACCAACGCAGAAAGACAGAUCAACGAGGUGCUGGGAAUUAUACAGAAGGACUGGCCACAGAUGUGCCAUAACGACUGCAUACCUGUGCAGCUGGCCCUGCAACUCCUCGACAACAGCUCCGUGGGCAGGGCGCACGAGUACGGCAACUUCCAGCAGACGCACCAGUACCUACAAGACUCCCUCAAGGCGAUCGUCCAUGACUACCAUCAGGGCUUCAACAGCUCCAUCGGCACCUUCCACAAGAUCCAGGGCAGCAUCAUGCAGAGCCAGAAGAAGGUCCGCAUGCUGAAGGAGAACCUGGCAACCAGCAAGGUCGCCCUGUGCACGACGGACCCGGAGCUCAAAAAGCUUUACAACACGAGCCAGAUGUACGACGAGCUUCUGCAGGUUCUGAACGAGCUCGAGGAGCUGAGGCAGGUGCCCGACCAGCUCGAGGCUAGGAUAUCUGAGAAGAGGUUCCUCACGGCUGUCGAAGUCCUGCAGAAUGCCCUCCGAAGGCUGAGGAAGCCCGAGCUAGACGAUAUCGCCGCCCUGAGUGAUCUGAGGAGCUACCUGGCUAACCAGGAGACGGCGCUGAUGGACAUCCUCGUCGAGGAGCUGCACGAGCAUUUGUACCUGAAGUCACCAUACUGCCAGGAGAGAUGGCAGAACUUGGCCAAGACCCAGGGCGCCUUUCGCGACGACAUCGCCGAAUCAGGAGCUGUGGUGCCAUUCUUCGAGGUCUUGAAUGGCAUGGACCUCGAUAACCAUAUACAAGAGGACCCCGGCAGGAACCCCGAGUCUGAUACUUUCUCUUACGUGGCCUUGUUGGUCGAGGCACUCAACAAGUUGGGACGUCUGGAGACUGCCGUCGACACCAUCAAGCAACGUUUACCGGUCGAGCUUUUCAGCGUUGUUAACGACACGAUCAACGAGAUAGAUCACAAACAUCCCAGCUCACUGCGGGGUGUAUCCUCAAGUUCGGGCGGGCUGCACAUUUAUAACAACAGAGAAACACAGAUGAGGGCAGAUGUGAUAUACGAUUUGCUGUGGACACUGUACGGAAAGUUCGAGGCGAUAGCCGAGGGUCACCGUCUUUUCCACGAAUCUAUCAAAGCUCUGAUCCGCCGAGAGGGCGGCGGCAACAACGCUGCCUUACUCGGGAGCUUCAAAGAGCUAUGGAACCUAUACCAGAAUGAGAUACGGUCACUACUACACAAUUAUGUGACCACAGAUGCGGAUCUGUACCAGUUCAAUACACCAAGACCAGGCACAACGAACGGUGUCAUCGACGCGCAUAGGGAGCACUUGUUCAAGUUCACCGAGGGGGAUCCCAAGGCUGUAGACCUGACAACGGAAUUUGAAAGGCUGAAUGACACCAUCGAACAGGCGGUUCCUGGCUUGACUGCCGGUCUGAUAAAAGGCAAGGGCGACAAGAAAUCCGGGAAGAUUGAUGCUAGAAAGAGCGCAGUCCCAGCAUAUGGUGGUCGCGAACAGAACGAGACCUACAAGUCACUCGUCGAGCCGAACGUCUUUAACAUGAGUCUGUUGCUGCCGCCGACUUUGGUUUUCCUAGGCAGGCUCAAGAACAUUGUACCACCGGGAUCAGAUCUGGCGACUAGCACUCUGACGACCUUCCUUGACAACUUCUUGGUCAAUGUUUUCCAACCGCAGUUGGACGAGACACUUGGCAAGUUGAGCGACACUGUGUUCGGUGAAGCAGACGCAUUCCAGCAAGAUGGAGACUGGCACCAGGUCGCAAAAAGACCGGUGUUCAAAGGUGCCACAGACUUCUUUGCAGUGGUCACGGCGUUCUGCAGAAUGCUGGACACAAUCCCACAUGACCAGGCACUCAGUGCGUUGAUUAUCACCCAGAUGAUGAGGUACUACGACCGGUGUUUUGGCUGGUACAAGACCCUGGUCACCAAAACACAGGAGGAUGGCACGGCAACCCAGGCGCUACGUUCGUCGGCCAUCAUGGCCACCGAGAGCGGCGAGAUCCAUGAGACUAUCCAGAAGCUCUGGACAGCCGACACUUUAGAUCAAGAUCUGCUGGACAAGGAAGUGGCACUGCUGAUCACGGAGACAAACGAGAAGCCGCUGCAGCUCAGCGACAUCAUCUCGGACAGGGAUACCAUCUCAUCGCUGUGCCUCCUGUACACCAGUAUGAAGUGGCUGUCUGUCAAGGUGUCUUCGCUGAGGCACAUCACACGCAACGAUACCGACUCCAAUCGCUCCAGUAUACCUAAGCCAGAGAAGAGGAGGUGGACCCUGCUGAACGACCCUAGUAAGGCGACAGCUGAGGAUGGACCGGUGUUCCUUCCGAUGACGCUGGAGACAGUCCAAUCAUUCGAUGGCAUCGUCUCAUCCUACGAGGAGCUGGCCGCUACUGCACUGCUGAACUUGCACAUGGAAGUCCGUUGCCGCACCGCCUAUUCGCUGCGGGUGGCUCUUGACCCCAAGACGGCGCCAUAUCUGCUUGAUCAAGACGUCAAGGAGCCCGACCCACAGAUUCUCAGCCUCAAUUCCGAGCUGCUUGCCUACGACGAGACAAUUGUGCGCUUCCUGCGCGAGCGCGAAGUCGCGUUCAUCCGCACCGGCCUGGGCCUGCUCACCAACUCCUUCCUCAUUGCGAACGCGUCGAUGGUGGCGCCGAUCAACGCCCGCGGCUCCGGCCGCAUGCAGUUGAACAUCCUGGUGCUGCAACAGAACCUGAAGAACAUCGAGGCUGGCGUGGACAUGGCUCGUGCUGCCAAUUACUGGGCGCUCUUUGACCAGGGCGUCGACGCCAUCGUCACCAAGGCGAAGGAGGACGCCGUGAAGGCGGCCGAGGAGAACAACGUGCCGAUAGGGAGGGACCCGGACCGGUUCACGUACGAUGAGCUCAAGGCCCUGAUCGAGCUGUGCUACAGCGAGUCGAUGGCGAGUGCGGAACGGGGUAAUGUGAACGCGGCCAAGAGGAAUAUGGGGGAGAAGCUGCUGGAGCUGAGCGAGCACAUGUGGCAGAGUUAG